AUGGCUCUUUACUUCUAUUUAGAUGAAAAUUCCAGUCUUAGAGAAAACCUAAGUACUUUAGAGAAGAAGCUACAAGACGCUGCACAGGUGAAAAUGUUAAUAUUGUAUUCGCCAAAAUGUCUAAAUCAUCACAACUCACUGUUAUUCAACCAAUUUUACCAAAUUAUUUAAUCAAAGAAUACACUAAAAGUCUAAAUAUUAAUAAACGUAACUGGAUAAACAUAUCACAACUGUUUUAUAAUUUUUUGAAAUACUGUUUACAAAUUCCAGGGAACAAUUAGUAAAUAAAAUAGUAAAAACUUAGUUAUAGUAAUAAAGUUAUGUUUUUUUCCCCUGUCUAUUGUGAAAUGUGUUUUGUAAAGGAAAAAAUAAUAAUAAUAAAAAAAAAAAUAUAUAUAUAUAUAUAUAUAUAUAUAUAUAUACACAACAAUGUAUAUUCACUAUACACCAUAUUGUACAGUGUAGAGAAUUGCAAACUGAAUCACAAAAAUAGAUCAAAUAUCUGUGAAUGUAAUGGAGUUGGGGACAUUUUUCAACUUUUAUGUUGGCCUAAGCUUUGCAAUGUGGUUUUCAAUUCUACAAUUCAGUGUUUUGUAAAUAAACCCCUAUGUGGGUUCAGAAAUCCAUGGAUAUAGAAAUCAUGUAGGCAAGUUCCUUUAAAGAAUUAUGGAGCAACACAAUGCUUUGCCUAUUGACUCCCCUUCAAUUGAGAAUAUCUGCUGGAAUCAUUCAAAAAUAUUUUUAGAAGAGUAGGGACAUUUGCAAGAAAAAAAAUAACAAUUGAGAUUUGAAACAUCCUCCAAUAACAUCACACGCUACUACAAUUGUAUGAAUUGUACUAAUUCAAAUGUUAAAUGGUAAAAUCUGAUUCUCAAAAGGGCAAAGGCAUUAUUCCUAAACAUCUUACGUAAAAAUUAUUUUAAAAAAAUACAGUACUGUUUGGAGUAAAAUGAGUGCGAGAGUGCCCCCUAAUGUUAGAACUAAGAUAAACCAAAGUCAAUAUGUCAUAGUUCAGCUCCACUGAUCUAUUAAAUGAAAUGUUUCAUAUAACUGCUAAUGAUCAAACUUUAGCUGUCUGAUGUGGAAUGUAUCUAUUUUCAAUGAGUGUUACUUUGUGCUAUGUUCAUAAGCAAAGGGCUGCUCACUAUCCAUGUCUAGAGAAAAUCAAAUGUUCAGGCACAGAGGUAUUAUUAAAUAUACAUAAUUACAAUAUUUCCAAACAUUAUGUUUUAUGUCAGUUAAUUUAUUACAGCACUCCACAGCAAAAAUGCAAAAUUAUUUUUCUGUGGCAUAAAAAUAUAUUACAAACUCUUUAACACAUUCACUGAAUGCUCAGCCGGCCCAUUAGUCAUGUUCCAAGUUACUCUCCCUAGAAAGCGAUUUUCCCUCUUUGUCCAUCUGAAUUGAUGGGAACUAUGCAUUCUCAAGGCUCAUUUACUUACCAAAAGUUAGAUAAAGACAAUGCAUCAGCAGCUUCCAGGGUUAUUUAGCAUUUGUACAUGUUCUCAACUAAACUACAUUUUCAGUUUAAUCAUCAGUAUUUGAGUAUGUAGACAGCUCCAUAUAAAUAAAGUAAUUUAGUAUAAACUUCACUUGUAUAGCCCAAUGAAAUAGCCCUUGCCAUCAUUUAAAAACUUUAAAACUUGCCAUCAUUUAAAAUCUCAUUUGCUUGAGAUAUCAUGUGUUACCAAGUAACAAGCCUUUGGCAAUAUUCAUUAUUUAUCAAAUUAUGUCUGUCUCUACCAUACAGUUUGGAAACUUAGUUAUUGAACCUUCGUUUUAAAUCUAGCCUUGGCAACCAAUCCAUACCAUUUACCAUUUAUUUUUUUCAUUUCUGACCUGAUUAGAAUUGAAAUUUAGCAAACCUUUUUUUCUGCCAGUAACUCUUCUAAAGUCAGAGAAUGUUGUGUUAAAACUGGGCUUAAACAAAGAUUGUGUUAACUGAAGACAGUUUAGUCUCAGACAUUUUUGAAAAAGGUUGAACUUGCUUUUCUAAGCAACAUAACUACUGCAACUUGAUGUAGUUUUAAAUCAACCACUACUCUUUAAAGGAAAAAACUGUAAGAAAGAGCAACAACAUUUGAAACGUGCUAUAAGUUUUUGAUGGUCCUGUUAAAGUGUUGCUAACUCCUAUUAGACAAGAUUGUUAUAGCUGAGACUUGAGCUCUUAACAUAAGGUUAAGGUCCUUUAAUCGCCAAUCAGAUACUGAUCUAUGAAGUGUCGAACAGUCUAUAUGAAGUAUUGGAUUGGCGGGAUUGUGAUUGUAUCAACUUUAUUAACAAAUCAUCAGAGCGAGUUGACAUGGCACUAAAUAUUGGUUAUGAAAGUGUUUUCCUAUGAAUUAGGUUCAGGGUUAUAAACUUAAACAUUUAUAAAUCACGUUUCUUUGUACAAAGUGCUAUUAUGUCUUAAUUCAGUUCAGUGUAGUCAUUUUACCAGUGCACAUUAGAACCUACCCUCCAUUCUCCUUUUUCAUGCACCAUUCAUUCACCAUCCACUCACCCCAGCACUCACCACUAAACUCUCAUUACCCCCAAUCUAACCUUCAAACUAGUGCUCUGUAAUCUCCCUGUUACUCCUCAUACUUCUUCUACACUGUAGCUCUGUUUUUGCCCUUGCACUCCCCUUCUCACCAUCUUUGCUCAUUUGCAUCGUUCACUUAGGUUAUCUCCUUCUGAACUGCUUUCCCUGUUGCUGUCAAAUGCGUAUCUAAGAAGAAAAAAGAUACUGUUGGGAAAUCUAUUUGAUAUCAUAGAAAGUGAACAAUUUAAAAUGGUUUGAAUCAAUUCUUUUUUUUCUUCAUUUUUAUCUAUUUCUCUUAUGUGUUUUUUUCUAUGCUUAAAACUCUGACAAUGAGUGGAGUUUAAGGCAAGUUCUACUAUCUUGACAAAGGCAGUAGAGCUUUCCUUAUUCCUUAAACGCCACCCUUUGUCAAGAUUAUCAAGCGUAGAAAAAAUGUAUAAGACAAAGUAGUCCAUACUUUGUGUUAUGUUUUAAAGAAAAUUAGAUCAGAAAGAAGAAAGGAAGAACAGAUUGUGAAAGAGGAAAAGAAGAGAAAAUAAUAGUGGAAAGACAAGUUUGACGUGACAUUGUCACUUUAAUCUCGAUUUUUAGAUUAUAAAGUUUUCUUACAAUUGGAAGUGAUUCCAGCUGUAAAAUAUUUUGUCAUCUUGUACUCUGCCUUUUUACCUUCACACUCAUGUUGUAGCCAUAUUACAUGUAUUCUGUUUGCGUCUUCCUAAAAUUAAUUGAUAUUUUAAAUUGCUCUGUCUCUGCACAUUUAACUUGCAAGGUUUCUACAGGAAUCUAUUCCCCACUUUUUUGUUUUUGCUUCUUGUUAUGUCUUUUUUUUCCAAUGUCUUCAUGAUUUCAAAGUGUUUGUAGAAUUCUAAUACUCGGUUUAGAAUUGUAACUAAAUGGAUGUGUUGUAUAUUAUCUUACGAAAAGAACUAUAUCAUAUUCAUCAUCUGUACUUUGUCAGAGACCACUUAUGUUACUCCAACCUUAAAAACUGAACGGUUUGUCAGGUUUAAUGAGAGGUUGUUACCUGACAAAGAAGGUAUGGGAAAUUUUAUCACAGUAUGUUAAAAUUAUUCUUAGAUGAGGAGCUAGACAAUAAAAGACAAUUUUGUAACACAAUGCCACAAUGUAAUCUCUCUGUCUUGUGAGACCUGUUUUAUACUUGCAGCCUUUUGGUAGCAGAUGGGAUUGUACAUUCAGUGUACAAUUCUGCAUUUAGUUAUAAAACUUUAAAUGAAAAAGAACUUGUCUAACUUGCUGUAAUAUUUCUAAAGUUCCAAUAAAUAGGAAGGUUGAACCAAUUGGGAAUGGAUUACAAAAAUGAUAAAUUCUUGGCUUUAAAGGGGCAGGUGUUUUAGGAUCCCAUCACCUGGGGGUUUAGCCUUCAAACUAGAAACGAGUCCUACGAGGGUUUAAAUGAGUGGUUCCCAAACUUUUUAGGUUCAAGGCGCCCUUAAUAUUUCAGUAUUUUUCUAAGGCACCCCAAGUCAAAAUUUCUAGGUUGCAUAUCUGUACAGCGCUGCGGCAUUUACUGGCGCUAUAGUGUAAUGUACAGUGUUGGUGUUUGAAGGGGUGCUUGUAUAUAGUUAUUGUGUUUUAAUACAGGGGUGUGUUUGUAUGUAAUGUUCACUUUUAAAAAUGAAUGUACAUUUGUGUGAAGUAUUUGUGUUUGAGUGAAGGUGUGUGUUUGUAUAUAUAUUUUUUUGAGUUUAAAUGCAGGGGUGUGUUUGUAUGUAAUAUUUAUGUGCUUGUAUGUUGUGCUGGUUUUUGACUGAUUGGAUGUAUGCACAUACACUACCACAUACAUACAUACAUACAUACAUACUUACACAGAUAUUCAUGCACAUUAACACACAGAUGCAUAUACAUAUACUGACACAUACACACAAAUUCAUAUAGGCACGACAUACACACACAUGCACCCGACACACACAAACAUUGAUACAUGCCCACACCAUUACACAGAUACACACACUGACAUAAAAACACACACCCUGACACACAAAGGCACAUACACAGAUGUGUGCGCACACACAGACACAGAAGCACACUGACAUAUAUAUACACACACAGAUGUGUCACUUCCUCCCAGUCGGCCGACAUUACGGGGGUCUGGUCUCAGUCUUAAGGACCAUGGCACUCAACCUGGUCCCUCCUGAGCAUUAAUGUUUCCCGUUGCUAUAAUCAUAGCAUCGGGGAAACAUUCUGCGUCACCCCUGUGUGCACAUAGCGGCACCCCAGGGCGCCGCGGCACACAGUUUGGGAACUGCUGGUUUAUUAGUCCUCAUGUCUCCCUAUAGUGUAUCAGUGUCACCAUGUUUCCCAGUGUCCCCAGGUAUCUGUGUACCCCAAUGCCCCCAUGUCUCUCCUCGUGUCCCCAUGUCUCCUGGUGUCCCCAUGUCUCACAGUGUCUCAGUGUCCCCUAGUGUCUUGAUGUCCCCAUGUCUCUGUGUCCCCAUAUCUCCCAGGAUCCCCUAGUGUCCUUAUAUCUGUGUGCCACCGUGUCCCCAUGUCUCCCAGUGUCUGUGUCCGGAUGUCUCUAUGCCCCCUAGUGUCCCCAUGUCUCCCAGUGUCCCCUAGUGUCUCAGUGUCCCCAUUUGUAUGUCUCCCAGGAUCCCCAGUUCCACUAUGUCUCUACGUGCCCCAGUGUCCCCAUGCCUCUCUGUGUCUUUCAGGAUCCCUCAGUAUCUCCAUGUCUAUGUGUUUCCCAGGACCCCUGUGUUUCCAUGUCUCUCAGGGUUCCCCCUGUCUCCCAUGGUGCCCCAUUGUCCCCAUGUCUCUGUGUGUCUCCCAGGAUCCCUCUUUGUGCCCCCUGUGUUACCUGUUAUAGACUGUCCUCCAAUUUGUCUCUCCCCAUCCCUCACUUACCUGAGCUGUUGUCUGGACUCUCGGGAUAGAGCUGCUCCCCCGCGGAUCAGUGAGUAAAGAGAGGCAGGGAAGGAGAUGCUGUAACUUCCUAUCCCUGUCUCUCUUAGAUACAGAGCCACCUACUGAAAAAAAUACCAGCAUUUCUUUGCCGGUAUUAGUGCAAUAGGCAGACUCAAAUACCGGCUGUGCUGGUAAAAUACCGGCCUGGUGGCAACCCUACCCCCACCCGCAGCCCAUGAUUGGCUAAAGACACUUGAGUGUCCCUACUUCAAUUUUAUUUAGGCUCUCACCACAUGCACAUUGGUAGUGGGGGCCAGUUGCCCAGAGAAAUAAUUUUGAACAGAUGCGGGCCGCUCAACGUUUAAUAGCUCGGCCCCCACUUGCACCAUAUCAAGUGUGAAUCUUCCUAUAAUUAUAUGCAUUUUUAAAUGUUUUACUGUGGUAGCUUGUUAGCAAUUGCUGGCCAGCCACCACAAACUUAACCCUCACACUGACAAGGUUUUUAUUUUAACCUAUGUGUCCUCUGAAGUCCAGAUUUCAAUAAAUUUAAUUUAAUAAUUUGAUUUACCAGAUGUAUCUGUCUUUAUUUGAAAUCUUGAUCAUUUGAUAUACCAGAUGUAUCUUUCUUCAUUUGAAAUCUUGUGUCUCUCUAUUUGGUGUUUGAUAAAUGAUUUUCAUGCUAAUGAUACUAAAUUUAAGCCAGACAAAUGGAUUAGACUGACUGUUGUUCAUUUGGUUGGAAUGACCGAAUUUCGACUAGAUAUGGCCUUAGGAAGUAUUGCAAAUCUCUACAGAAUCUGGUAAUUUUCACCAAAUUGUGUCCAUCUGGACAAAAUUCUGCGUUUAGUAAAUAACUUUUUAGUAAAUAAAUGUUUACUUUUUAAUCUACUUUGUAAUAUCAUGAACAUACAUAUGUUGUUAGGUUUUUUUGGCUUCCAGUGUUGACAACCUGCUUUUUGACUUGUGUUUGAAUCUUUUAAAAUAAAAAGUAGUACUAAGCAGUCCCGGAAUUACCAUCGGGCUGGUCCAUGUAGGGCCAGCACUAUCUGAGCGCCAGCCCCACUGUUUUCCAUGACAGGCCAGUGGAGAGAUCUAAGAUCUCCCGCACCGGCCCACAUGCAGUGUGAUGCGGCCGCCGGCUGGGGAGGGGGACUGGAGAGGAACCCGGAGGAGCUCUAUCUUGCAGCUCCGUCGGGUUGCUCUCGCGAGAUCGGUCUAGACACUCACAGGACCCUCUCACACACACACACACACACACACACUGCACCCCUCACACACACUGCAAUCUCACUCACACACACACACACUGCACCCCAGCACCCUCACACACACACACUGCACUCCUGACACUCACAACACCCUCACUCACACACACAGCACCCCAGACAUUCACAGCACCCUCACACACGUACACAUUGCACCCCUGACACUCACAGCACCUUCACUCACACACACACGCACAGCACCCUCACUCACACACACACACUGCACCCCUGACACUUACAGCACCCUCAUUCACACACACACACUGCACCCCUGACAUUCACAGCACCUCACUCACACACACACACACACACACACUGCACCCCUGACACUCUCAGAACCUCACUCACACACACACACACACUGCACCCCUGACACUUACAGCACUCUCACUCGCUACACACUCACACACACUGCACCCCUGGCACUCACAGCACCCUAACUCACACGCACACACACUGCACCCCUGACACUCACUGCACCUUCACAUGCACAUAGCAUCCUCACUGAAACCCAGCACUCAGACACAGCACACACUCACACACACACACUGCACCCCUCACUCACAGCACACACACCCACACCCACACAGUACCCUCACAAACACACACACUGCACUCCUCUUGCACACACACUACACCCCUCACACACACACACACACUGCACCUCACACAUGCACACUGUAAUAAUACUUCUUUCCUUGGUAUAUUUUUGUUCUCCUGGUGUCCUAUCUAUGGAGGACCAGAGACAAAUUUCCAAGCAAAUUUGUAUGAGAGUGUGUUGUUUGUGUGUGGGUGUUGUAUGUGGUGUUGUGUGUGGGUUUUGUGUGUUUGUGAGGAUGCUGUUAGUGUGCUGGGUGUGUGUGGGUGUUGUAUGUGUGUGGGUGCUGUGUGUGCGAGGGUGAUGUAUGUGUGUAGGUGCUGUGUGUGUGUGUGUGUGUGUGGGUGCUGUUUGUGGGCUGUGUGUGCUGUAUGUUUGGGUGGAAAUCUUGAUCAUUUGAUAUACCAGAUGUAUCUUUCUUCAUUUGAAAUCUUGUGUCUCUCUAUUUGGUGUUUGAUAAAUGAUUUUCAUGCUAAUGAUACUAAAUUUAAGCCAGACAAAUGGAUUAGACUGACUGUUGUUCAUUUGGUUGGAAUGACCGAAUUUCGACUAGAUAUGGCCUUAGGAAGUAUUGCAAAUCUCUACAGAAUCUGGUAAUUUUCACCAAAUUGUGUCCAUCUGGACAAAAUUCUGCGUUUAGUAAAUAACUUUUUAGUAAAUAAAUGUUUACUUUUUAAUCUACUUUGUAAUAUCAUGAACAUACAUAUGUUGUUAGGUUUUUUUGGCUUCCAGUGUUGACAACCUGCUUUUUGACUUGUGUUUGAAUCUUUUAAAAUAAAAAGUAGUACUAAGCAGUCCCGGAAUUACCAUCGGGCUGGUCCAUGUAGGGCCAGCACUAUCUGAGCGCCAGCCCCACUGUUUUCCAUGACAGGCCAGUGGAGAGAUCUAAGAUCUCCCGCACCGGCCCACAUGCAGUGUGAUGCGGCCGCCGACUGGGGAGGGGGACUGGAGAGGAACCCGGAGGAGCUCUAUCUUGCAGCUCCGUCGGGUUCCUCUCGCGAGAUCGGUCUAGACACUCACAGGACCCUCUCACACACACACACACACACACACACUGCACCCCUCACACACACUGCAAUCUCACUCACACACACACACACUGCACCCCAGCACCCUCACACACACACACUGCACUCCUGACACUCACAACACCCUCACUCACACACACAGCACCCCAGACAUUCACAGCACCCUCACACACGUGCACAUUGCACCCCUGACACUCACAGCACCUUCACUCACACACACGCACAGCACCCCACUCACACACACACACUGCACCCCUGACACUUACAGCACCCUCAUUCACACACACACACUGCACCCCUGACAUUCACAGCACCCUCACUCACACACACACACACACACACUGCACCCCUGACACUCUCAGAACCCUCACUCACACACACACACACACUGCACCCCUGACACUUACAGCACUCUCACUCACACACACACACACUGCACCCCUGACUCUCAAAGCACCCUCACUCACACUCACACACACAGCUUCCUCACACGCAUAUAGCACCCUCAAUCAAACACAGCACCAUCACACACACACUGCACCCAUCACUCACACACAGCACACACACACACUGCACCCCUCAUACACACAGCACCCUUACCCACACAGCACCCUCACACACAUACUGAACCCCUCUUGCACACACACUACACCCUCACACACACACACACACUGCACCCUCACACAUGCACACUGCACAAUACUCUUUCCUGGCAUUUUUGUCUCCUGGUGUCCCAUCUAUGGAGACACCAGAGACAAAUUUUAAGCAAACAAAGUGCAAGCAUGUUAUUAAAUUUGUUUGCGUUGUGCGGAACAAAUACAUGGCUUUUUUCUCAUGCUAGAGCUCUUCAGCAGAGCUCUGUGCAUGGGCUGCCCUGGAAGAGCAUUGAACCAACAUGUUCACUUUGCGAUAGGGCGUGCUUGUCAUUGGUUAUGACAAAACACACCCUAUCUGGCCCCGGGCCGAAUUUUCUUCCCAGUCUGGCCCUGGCAAUAAGUAUAUAAUGACCCGCAAUGGUUUCUUGCACAGAAAGCACCCAGAGUUAGCAUAUUCUGCCAUUAACUGCAAGGACGAAAAAAUUAUUUACCAUUAAUCUGAAUGUUCACCUUCAACAAGGGUAAUUUUACAGUAUCACAAAUGUCUGAAUCACUGGGUAUUUUACAGCAUUUAAAACUUUCUCAGUACUAUUAACAUUUAGAAUUGCUCUAAAUGUUAACUGCUGUCAUUGAAACCUUUAUUGGAUUGGAAUUGUGGGUCAAACUCUGAUUUUCCUGUAACAUUUACAAUUCAUAGCCAUAUUUGGGGUUUAGUGAAUAUCCCCAAAGUUUUUAAUAUACACCUGUUCCCAAAUGGUUAAUCUCUUUGUUUAUAAUUCCGCUGGGGCUUGCAUGUUUCAAGUGCUAUGAUGAUUAAUGCAUGCCUUGGCAGAAAAACAGGCAUUUUAGCUUAUAUAUAUAUAUAUAUAUAUUUAUUUUUUUAUUUUUUUUUGUAUUAUUAUUUUUUUGUAGGAGCAUACCAUAGAGAUUGACUCUUUAAUGUCUGUAAUCAAAAGCAAGGAGAAUGAAUAUAAAAUGCAACUGAAGAAGAUUGAGAAUGACAUGGAUGCCAAAUGUGAGUUCACAGCAAUUGUCAUAAAUUAAAGUAAAAUUAUGUUAUGGUUGAAAAGGGUAUUGUUGCUUCUCAUUACACAACUGAUUAAAAUAUUGAAAAUCACCUAUCGUUUUUUUUUUUCAAUGAGAUGCUCUAUUUUCUUUUUAUUUCAUUUCAUGUUAAAGAUUUAGCAACCUCGCAAUCCAGUUCAGCCAAGGCAAACCCAGGCAUUACAAAAUUAUGAGGGAAAAAGAAACAAUCAUGGUUAUUAAAAAAGUCAUAAUAUCCCAAAUGGUUCCUUACGGAUGCAUUCGGAAUGCAAAAUCUGGACAUUAUUAAUAAGAUUCAUCAGUGGGCUAAAAUCCAGAUCUAAAUGGUAAAACAUGGGAAUAGUAAAUUAUAGCAUAUCUAGGAGUGCUGGAGCAAUCUAAGGAUGAAGCAGAAAGGUGUCAAUGACACUGUCUGUGAAGUUAUCACAAGUGGUUAUCCAAUCUAUAGUAUGACGCAACAAGGCAGCCAUGUUGUAUAUUUAGAAGUUUGGCAAAUUUAAACCUGUUUGAGGAGGGUUUUUUUUUUGUAUUCUUUAAUUUUGUUGUGCAAGUUAUAACAUGUGUGCCUGUGUUGCCACAACAGUCACAAGCAUAAUAUAAUCUGACAUUUUCAAGCAUGGCAAGGAUAAGGUCUGCACAAUUUUAUAACGUUAAUGCUCGGGUCUUGGUCUGCUAGGGUAUGCGUGUCUGAGUGGUACACGCUGUAAUCAAAAAGUAUACAGAAAGUAUAAAGAUAAUUAACAUCUAAGGGUCUGAAGACUGCGAACAGUUAAAUAUUAUAGGCUCGCUUAUGUCUAUUACAAUAUUAACCUAAAGAAUACUAAUAUAGACAUGAAUAAUAGUAGACAAAACAGUUAUAGUACUUGCCUAUCGAGGAGGCCUAUAACCUCAAUACAUCAAUAUAGAUUGCACUUGAUAUACAUUUAUGUAAUAUUCCUGUAAGAAGCAGGGAGAUUAUUUCUUCAGUGGGGCUUACUCGGAGUGCGUACUCUGAUGCAAGAUACGAUGCAUGGUUUGCUUGUGUUUCAAAGAAAGAUGCAGAGAUACAAAAAUAUUUGCAAUUGGUUCUUCUUGUUAAACUUUAUUAAUAAGACAGGAAGAACAUCAGCAGGAUUUAUCGGUGUUGCUGAAUAAUCUGUGCCUUUUCUGCGAUUUAUAAAUUUUGCCCAUCUAUUUCGCUCUUCUUUUUACAACUACUAGGCAUGGGCGUCCGCAGGGGGGGGCACUUUGUGUGUGUGUGUUUGUUCGGGUCCUGUUAGUGUGCUGUUUGUGUGCGGGUGUUGUGUGUUUGUCAGGGUGCUGUUUGUAUGAGAGUGUGCUGUUUGUGUGUGGGUGCUGUGCGGGUGUUGUGUGUGGGUUUUGUGUGUUUGUGAGGAUGCUGUUAGUGUGCUGGGUGUGUGUGGGUGUUGUGUGUGUGGGUGCUGUGUGUGCGAGGGUGAUGUAUGUGUGUAGGUGCUGUGUGUGUGUGGGGGGGUGCUGUUUGUGGGCUGUGUGUGCUGUAUGUUUGGGUGGAGGUGGGGGCAGACUAGUUAAUAUCCCAGUCCUGCUGCCUUCCCUGGUGGUUCAGUGGAGAGUGAACUCUAGCCCGGGUUCUCUGCUGCCUCCCUCCAUGCUGCUGUGGACCGGUGAGGUAGAACUUUGAUCUCCCCACCGGCCCAUGGAGGCUUAGACCAGAGCCGCCGCUCGGAUAGCGUCGGCUCUGCAUGAGCCGACCGGGGAGAUCCAGAGAUCUCCCCUGCCGGUCUCAAUCCAUUGGCGUGCCGCGGGGAUUAGGGUGUGCCCAGGCACACCCGACACACCCCGUGCGCACACCUAUAGAAGUGAGGAAUGGGGGAGACAGCCUACAUGAAGAGUCAGCAAGGAGCAGGAAGGUAAGGUAAGAAAAGGAGAAGGAACAGAAAUUAGCAGGAAGGGACAUCAAGGAGCAGAAAGGGGCAGCAAGGAGCUGGAAGGGACAGCAAGGAGCACAAAAGGUAAAAUAGGAGAAGGAGCACAAAGGAACAGAAAUGAACAGGAAGGGUCAGCAAGGAGCUGGAAGUUAAAGCAGCACAAAGGUAAAGUAGAAGGAGCAGAAAGGGUCAGAAAUGAGCUGGAAGGGGCAGAAGGAGCACAAAGGUAAAGUAGGAGAAUGAGCAGGAAGGGGCAGCAAGGAGCAGAAAGGGACAACAAGGAGCAGAAAGGGACACCAAGGAGCACAAAGGUAAAGGAGCAGAAAGAAUCAGAAGGAGCACAAAGGUAAAGUAGGAGAAAGAGCAGAAAGGGACAGCAAGGAGCACAAAGGUAAAGUAGAAAAGGGAGCAGAAAGGGACAGCAAGGAGCACAAAGGUAAAGUAGAAAAGGGAGCAGAAAGGAACAGCAAGGAGCACAAAGGUAAAGUAGAAAAGGGAGCAGAAAGGGACAGCAAGGAGCACAAAGGUAAAGUAGAAAAGGGAGCAGAAAGGGACAGCAAGGAGCACAAAGGUAAAGUAGAAAUAGCAGAAAGGGUCUGCAAGGAGCAGAAAGGGAUCAGAAUGAGAAAGGAGCAGAAGGGCGCAAAAUAAGCAGAAAGUAGCAGAAAGGUAAAAGAGCAGAAGGGGCCAAGGAUAGAAAACAGUGUCAGAAGAAAAAAAAAGACUGUCAAAUGAAGGAGAGGAAAAGGAGAUUAGAGCAGGAAGGACAAAUUAAGUGAACCCUCCACUUUAUUCUGGACACCACAUCAUAAGGCUUUGGUACCUGGGCCAAGCAGGGAAACGCUGGACCUUCUCAUCUCCAAAGGUAAAAAAAUAUCAGUAUUAAUGUGUUCACUUUUAUUUACUGAGUGUCAGGAAGCACAGAGUGCCGUUGGGUAGGGGUGUUGCUGAUUGGCUAGAGCGGUCAGCUGGCACUCUAAGCCAAUCAGUAGCUCCCCAUUCAUAAAAAAGUAAAAAUAUUUUAUGAACCGGGAACUAGCGAUUGGCUUAGAGCGUCAACUGUCCACUCUAGCCAAUCAGCGGCACCCAUGCCUGACGUCAAUCUGCACUUCCUGACACUCUGUUUCAGAAGCCAAAUACCACUGAGCGACCUGGAGCUGGAGGAAGCCUUUGGGGUUAAACCAUUUGAGAGCGAUUUAACCCCUUAAAGGAAAGCGAGCACCCAGGGGCUUCCUGGCAUCAUAGCAUUUUCAUUUAGGUGAAGUUGUUAUGGUGACCAGAAUGGUCCUUUAAUUUGCUUAAAGGAACACUAUAGUGUCAGGAAUACAAACAUAUAUUCCUGACACCAUAGUUGUGAAAACGCUAUUCACCCUGGCUUUAUGUGAUAAUGGCUAUGCCCCUUCCCUUUCAUGACACUGUCAAAAAGGUACCAAGCAUGGAUGUCAUUACAAUUAUGCCCCCCCCCCUGGAAAAAUUCCUGCGGACGCCCAUGCUACUAGGUCAUUUUUUUCUUGUGUCACUUUGUCACGUUUACCUUGGUGUAGAAAGCUUGGCAGAAUAUCCACCAGUUAGUUCCUUUUUAAAUUUUUUUUUUUUUUUAUGUGAAUUUGCAGUAAUCCUGAAGGAUGAAGAAAUUAAAACUUUACUUUGCAAAAGAGAUGAGGAAAUUGAGAAAUUAAACUAUCAGCUGAAAACCUUGGAAAAAGAAAAGCAGAAUGAAAUGAUAAAACAGCAAAUAGAGGUAAUGUAUAGCUAGCAAGUGUAAUGUAUAAAUCGUGAAAAACAAAAUACUACUGUAAUCGCUAGUAAAAUAAUACCGUUUUCAAGAAAUCUACUGUAAUGCAUCCGCAGAAAUAUCUAUAUGUGACCUCUUAGAGCUUUAUCCACUAAACCAGAAAUUGCAAGGAAUUGACAUCAAUUUAAAAAAUGCAGGAUAAAAGAACAAGUUAGAAAAACAGCCACUCUCCUCUUUUUGUAUAAAUGUUGCUGUUCCUAGCGUGCCACAAUUCUUAGCUCCUUGAAGAAACCCAGGAAGCAAAUAAGUAAACGAGAGCAAAUAUAUACCAUCAAACAAGCUUUAUACCAAUGUUAAGAACACUAAUAAAGAAAUACUGUAUUUUCUGGCAUAUAAGAUGACUUUUUAACCCUGGAAAAUCUUCUCCAAAGUCGGGGGUCGUCUUACACGCCGGGUAUAGGGUCUAUAUGGCUGCCAGGGGCGCCCUGCGCCCCCAUCGCCGGCCCUUCUAAUGCUGCAGCCGCCUGAGCGCUCUAUAGAGAACACACAGACGGCUGCCGCACUGCCUCUCUUCUCACCUCCCCUUCCCUGUGCAGAGUGGGUGGCCGAGCUCCUCUUCGUCCUGUCAGUCCGGCCGGGUACCGCGCGGUACAGGAGAUUCAGUUACCUGUUCCCGGCCGGACUGAAAGGAAGUGCACACUGAGUGCUCACUUCCUUUCAGUCCGGCCGGGAACAGGUAACUGAAUCUCCUGUACCGCGCGGUACCCGGCCGGACUGACAGGACAAAGAGGAGCUCGGCCACCCACUCUGCACAGGGAAUGGGAGGUGAGAAGAAUGUAGGGAGGAUUGGGGGUGGGCGGAGUAAAAAGAAUAAAAAUAAUUAUAGGGCAUAAAGAUUAUAUGCCCAAACAGCCUGGCACAUACCUGGGCUUUAAAUGCUAUUUUCAGAUUAUCAUUAUUUAAUGUCUUGCUGUGUAGCUCUGUCUGCUCACUGUACAUCAUGGCUAAUUUUUAUUUGGUGUGCAUUGGAAGAGGGGUAGUCUUAUACGGUGAGUAUAUCCCAAACUCUAUAUUUUAACUGGAAAAGUUGGGGGUCGUCUUAUACGCCCAGUCGUCUUAUACGCCGGAAAAUACGGUAUAUAUUUUAACUACUUUUUUUUUUUUAAGUGUUAUUUAAAAAUGUCAAUAUAUAACUGAUAUUGAAAUUAAGAAAUUUGCAUGUAGCAUGCAAUUAGCAUGGCACAGUAAGGCAGAUUGUCUGGGUUAUAAUAUAUAAUAUAUACUUAAAGGAACACUAUAGUCACCUAAAUUACUUUAGCUAAAUAAAGCAGUUUUAGUGUAUAGAUCAUUCCCAGGCAAUUUCACUGUCAUUUAGGAGUUAAAUCACUUUGUUUCUGUUUAUGCAGCCCUAGCCACACCUCCCCUGGCUAUGAUUGACAGAGCCUACAUGAAAAAAAAAAUGGUUUCACUUUCAAACAGAUGUAAUUUACCUUAAAAAAUUGUAUCUCAAUCUCUAAAUUGAACGUUAAUCACAUACAGGAGGCUCUUGCAGGGUCUAGCAAGCUAUUAACAUAGCAGGGGAUAAGAAAAUCUUAAUUAAACAGAACUAAAUAGGGCUCUCUUUACAGGAAGUGUUUAUGCAAGGCUGUGCAAGUCACAUGCAGGGAGGUGUGACUAGGGUUCAUAAACAAAGGGAUUUAACUCCUAAAUGGCAGAGGGUUGAGCAGUGAGGCUGCAGGGGCAUGUUCUAUACACCAAAACUGCUUCAUUAAGCUAAAGUUGUUCAGGUGACUAUAGUGUCCCUUUAAGGAUACUAUUAUAAAUAGCAAUACCACUGGAAAUAGGCAUGGGUAAAACUCCUGUUAAAAGGGAUUGAAGGACCCAUGUAUCAACGGACUGUAAGAAUUUUUUUUUUAUCUUAUUAUUUUUAAUGAAUUAUCAUCGGCACUUACUAAACAAUAUUUGUUUCUCUUUUUUUCCAGUUUAGUGCAAAACUGGCAAGAAUCCAGAGUAAACCAGUAAAAAUGUACCAAGACUCAAAUACAAUAGCACAACAUAUCUACAGAAAGGUAAUAUCUCUCAAUCAAUCUGUGCAAGAAUGUUAGCACUAGUUUUACCUUCAAAUGCCCUUAUAGUCUUCUAUAUCAGUUUGUCCAAACAUAAAAAUGCUUGAUGCAAUCUGCCUAGUGGAGCUUUGAAUCAUCUUUCAAUCAUUUAUUAUUCCUGGAAUCACGCUUUGUCUUCAACAUACAUUGAAUUUCAAAUGAGCCAAUGCUUAAUGAGGUUUGUUAAAAUUAACAGUGUGGUAAAUUAUUAAAAAGUUUAUUUGCACUGUAAAAUUAGGAGCUAAAAAAUCUAGCAGGUUAAUAAAGCCCACUGGAAGGAGUGACUUAAUAUGAGAGAAAAAUACUUGAAAUUGGGAAAAAAAAAAUAGGUUUGACAUUGAAGAAUAUCAGAGAUUUAGGUUUAGGAGUGUUUCUAAGAUCCAUCCAGGUUGACUACACAAGUAUAACAGUAGAGGGUCUACCUCAACAUACAAACUAUUAGUUAGCCCAAGAACAAUAUAGCUCUAUUAUAGCAGAUAUUAACAAAAAAAAAAACUGUAGAGUUCUGGUACAGUGUCACUUGUGAAACAUUGUGGUGGUUGUUUUUGACUUGGACAUGCUGUUUACUGGAAACUGGAACAAGCUUUCUUGUCUUUUGGUUUCUUUUUGUUUUUUUAAUUUGAAGAUUUUAUUUAAGCGAGCUGGAAAUGAUAAACAUAUUGCGUAAUGUGGCUUUUGAUUUAGCAUUGCCUUCUUAAGUCCUUUAUCUAACUUGAAUGAUUUAUCUAACUUGUAGAUGAAUGAGUUAAGUCCAGUUAAUUAGACAAACUGCCGAUUAAUAAAAAGUUGCAUCAUCCCAACUGACCAUAUUUCAACAAUAAUAGAUCUAAAACUGCCCAAACAGGAUAGUUGACUUUAUAUCUAUGUAUACUAGAUAGGCUGCCAGAUAGGUUGAGUAAAAGUAUAUGACCACCAGACAUGGAGUGCAGUAACUGAGUUUGCAUGCAGUAUUGUACCAAAAAGCUUGAAAGUGGAUUCCCAAAACAUAGUACUACUAGAAAACUCAAACAUAAAAAUCUUGUACCACUCAUCCCAUGUGAGGGUAGUUCCAAGCUGAAAUUCCUAAUUUCUGGUAAAUUAUGGGAAUGGGAUCUCAUCUCGGUUUGAGUGAUUGUACAAAUUGCAGCAUGGAGGGUGAAUCCUAAGAAAGAAGACUUUUAAUGAAAAGUCUGCCUUGGUUAACUGAGCUUGGAUUGCCAUGUGUUAGAUUUCUUUCCCAUCUGAAUGGAUGCUGCUGCAGUUAUGAAGCAGCAAGGAUAAGCAUCCCAAAGUGCAAAAAAAAAGAACAGGGUACACACACACAAUGGAAAGCCGGUUAAGGAGCCUCAAGCAUCUCAUACAAUUACUGUUAAAGAAAGUUGGCGUUUUACCUUCACAUAGGAUUAAAUACAGACAUUAAACCACUGAUUUACAGAGGAAAGUGGAGGUGCUAUACAUGAGGGUGUCCAGCAUCUUCAUAUCCCCCAUAUGAAAGCAUUGAUUCACUGCUUUUCUAGGUGGAUGGCCUAAUGCAUGAGGCGUUCGUUGCCCAUUCGCAUUAAGUUCCCCCUCAGCGCUGAUGUCAGAGGAGGUGGAGAGGGUGCCAGUGCCGAGGGACCUUGGCUCUGGAAUAAGGAGUUCACCGUGAGGAGGUUGGGGCAGAAGAACACUUUUUAGAGUUAGGAAUACAGCUUAAAGUGAUAGCACUGUAUUUUAGACAGUUCUGCAUUUGACAUCACAUCCCUUCAGCUUCUGGACCAGUCUCUGCUCACGAUCCAAAUAGCAUGACCAGGAAGGAAGUGAUAGCAACCAAGAUUAGAUUUGUCACUAUUACCUCAAAUAGGAAUAUUGUUAUGUUGGAAAUGUUAAUUGUGUUUGACCAAGACUACUCCCACAGAGCCAUAGAAUAAAAUUCAGAAUUUAUUUUUAGACUGGUAAAAGGUAGAUAUCCAAACUCCUGCAACUGAUAUAAAAUAUUAAUUGUUAGCACAUUAGGAAAUAUAAAUAUUGCUUUGAAUAAUUUGCACUUUUCUUAAAGUCACAUUACAGACAGAGACCAGCAUACCAGGGAUAAAUGCAGAUAAAUGCAGCCUUAGUUGCAGACUAAGUGAAAUCACAGUUUAACCUGUGAUUCUGUUAAAGGUCACACUAAUCAUCCUGAAUGGGUGUGAAAAAAUAAUCACAUAAAUGCCAUUUAUUUGUAUGCCAUAAUAAAGUAACAGAGAGACUGUUGGUGCAUAUCUAUAAAGAUUACAUGUUCUGUAGUUACAAGGUUGGUUAAUAAUUGUGAUGGGGGUGUUUUGUAUGAAAGGAAUGUUUGCAAAUGAUUACUGUAACACGGAACACUUGCGUAACACUUCCAUGGUUUGCUUCCCAUAGAAACUCCAACACCUGCAGGAAGAAAAAAACCUUGAGAUUGAAAGCCUGCGAAACAAGAUUAAGGAAUUGGAGCAGCAAGCCAGCAAUAUACAAGAUUUUCGCUUAAAGAGGAAGAGAUUUUAA